AUUGCAUUUUUGUGUUGCAGUAAAUCAAAAGACGGUUUCGGAGGAAUUUUGGUUAUAUCCGUAUGGAUGUUAAGUGGUAUUAGUUUGGAUAGCGUUGCUAGCAACAUUUUCAUUCACCGCUUGUUGUGAACCGGAAUAGGCUCUUCCCGAUAUUGCAUCUAAUAGGUUAACCGGAGUGCAUCUGACAUAAAGCGACCAAAUUUAUUUACAUACCGUAUUCUCAGCUAAUAUAUACUCCCAAGUGUCGUGUGUUUGGGAUUCUGUACUUUCGAUAGCAACCAUCUGAUUUCGAUCCGCUCGGUGCAUAUUGUGUAUGAAAAUUUGUAUAAAUUAAACGUGUAAAUUUGUUCGGUACACACAUUGUUUUCGCUGACAUCACAACUGGUAGUGGUGGAGAACGAAUCAUCGAAUCAUCUGUUUUAUAGUCCAACAGUGUUUGAUAAGUCCGGCGGUACGGAAAUUGUGGGAAUUGCAAUUGUAAGAAUAGGCAAGUGCAAGCGUGGACUCGAAAGUUGACGACCGAAGAAUGAAAUCGUACGGCUCAUACAAACAUCCAGCCCAACAGGUAGCCGCUGUGUCCGAAUGGGAGGAUAAUAUCGCCUUCGACUCAGAUGAUCCAGAUUUUUCUGGAGAAUCUGGAGUGAACAUCGUUGUUCCCGCUUUUCCGGUUCUUAACCGGUCUGCAACGAGUUUCACUAUAGGAGUAACGCACUCGUCUUCCAGUUUAGCCGGUUUCAAGAAAGUGUCAUCCACAAUGUCUGUUGCUAGCGUACAGGCUCCUCAUUUGACUGAACUUUGUAACUCCCUAAGCCGCACCAGCCUCAGUCUGUCCUCGUCGCUGUCCGACUUGGUCGGCAGCCCAUCGUCGCUAGCGGCUGCCAACUCAGCCAUGGAUGCGGAAGCGGUUAUCACCAUCGAGGAACUGCGUGCCCAGCUGGGUUCCUGCUUCACUUGUGGGGUCUCCUGGGCCGACGAUCAGGUCUCGCUGGAUUGCUCCGAAUGCGGUGGCUACAGCUUGGAACGGCCCUGCAUUAUUUGCGAUGGCUUGUGCGGACAGGACUGGAAGCGUGAUUUCACCAUGAGUCACGCUUGCGGUAAAGCUCGCUGGCAAGGUGUAUGUACCAAGUUUCCCGCCCAGAUGAUUCAGCUGCAAUCCGCGUCGCUCAGCAGUUGUGCCAGCUUCAGCAGUCAUCAUCAAUUGAUGCAGACUGCAGCGGUGUCUUCCUGCCAUGGUACCGCGAAUCAGCAGUUCCUCCAACAGGAACUGUGUGCACGCCUGGAAAAACUAUCCGCAAAAGCUCAUAACUGAAGUGAACUACGGACAAUGUGAUCGAAAGUCUUCCAGCCAGCUGUGUUGGGAACGAUAUGGUCUAUUUUUUUUAAAAAUUACUAACGUUAGUAAUCGUUUGACUUCCAAAUAGUGACAAUUUAUUUGGACAACGAUCCUUAUAUUAAUAUAUUUAGCUAUAACCCGUUAUGAGUUCCUAUUCGUUAAAAUCAACAUGAAAAUUUUCGGCCGAACUGAACACAAAACAGGUUUGUCCCCAGAAUCUGUUCUUUUGCAUUUGUAGAAUGUAAAUAAGAAUACGAAAUAAUAGCAGUAGUAAAUCUCGUCGAUCAGCUUGAACAGAGACGACUGGGAAUCAAUCCUAUCAUACGAAAAACUUCAUAACCAAACGAAAGAUCUGAAGAAAACGUUUAGAUUUCUUUAGAUGUUAGAACGUUCUAGAACACAUAUAUUUAUGAACAAAAGGGAACAUAUUUAUGCUUAGGUGCAAAAACAUAUGCAAAGAAAUUCAACCACUAGAUUUAGAAUGGAAUGUUAUUGGUAAUGCUUAUGAUUAUUGUGCAUGUUUUUCUGUGAAAAACAUAUCCUGUAACUGUUAGCAAUGACUUCUAUUAUCGAUUACAAGUAUGGAAUGAACGGAUUUUGGCAUUAGAUGUAAGGUUUUACUUUUUUUUAUAUAUUGCAUAAUUACGAUUUACAAUGUUUUUCCCCUUCAAUGGAUCACUGGAGCAGAACAGAUUUCCUAGUUGGUAAUGUUGCCGGGAAGUUUAUAUAUUACAUUGGACAGGGUAUUACCAACGCUUGCGCAAAUAGAUUACAAAGCUUCAACUAUGUGAUCCAUUGUAUACAACUAUGUAUGGCAUCUUUAUUUAAUAAAAUAUACACAAAGCAUAACAAG